AUGAAUAAGAGUGCAGUGAUCGCCAACGAGAACUGUUACAUCACUCAAGAGGACAGUUGUCUGUCGCCCGAAUCGCAGCCAUACUAUUACGGCUUUAUAUCCCGCGAGACAGCCGAAUGGCUGCUCUGGGAUGAGGGCUGUAUUGAUGGCAUGUAUUUGUUGAGAAACUCCAGCAACGACUACGUACUAUCACUAUGUCAUCAGCAAAGUGUACUUCACUACCGAAUUACAAAACUACGAUCCGGUGAACUAAUACUACAGGGUUUGCCCCAACAAAAGUUUGCCACAAUUAUAGCACUAAUCGAAUGUGUCGAUGGACUGGCCUGUAAGCCUACCCGUCCCGUAAAUGCAUCCAUUGGCCAGUGUUUGCCGCCCACGUACUGGGGACUCACUGCCGAUGAGAUACGCGACAAACUGUUGACUAAAGCACCCGAUUGGGGAUUAGCAAGGGAUGAAUUGGACUGUCAGAUGGACGAUGAGCUACAUUUCCUUCCCGGUGCCUCACCAGUGGUCAAACAGUUGGUAACGGCGACCAUACACGAGAUGCAGCCGUGGUUUCACUAUCGACUCACACGGGUUGAGGCCGAACGGCGACUGGAGCUCAGUGGCCAUAAAGACGGAAAGUUUUUAGUACGGGAAAGGGAUGACAGUUCGUACGCCAUAUGCCUGUCCUAUGAAAACUCAGUAAAACAUUAUCGCAUUGAUAUACUAUCGUCGGGUAUGUUUGCCAUUCAAGACGGACCAGAGUUUCAAUCAAUAAUUGCUUUAAUAUCUCAUUACACCAUUUGGUCGUCGGGUCUGUACUGUGCCCUCAGCUCAGAGGUGUGUCGCCGUCCGCAAGACAUCAUCAAACUCUAUGCACAACAAAGUAAUUUGAAAAUCACGCGUCACGUGCGCAGUGUGUCCAUCGAAAGGGCGCGCAAUGCCAUCAAUAGGUCGGGAAGUGGCGGAUCAGGCGGUGGUGGCGGCAGUCCCGGCAGUGGUAGAGCUGGGACGCCGACCAAUAUUAAAAUCAAAGAGUGGUUCACUACUAUCAAUCACAAGUGGACCAAAAUCAAGAAACAAACACAACAAACAUUGCAUAAACAUCAGCCAUUGAUUAAUGAUUCGAGCGAUUACGCCGAGCACAUCUCAGGUAAUAUAUCAUCGCUUUUGACACUCAGGCGUCAUAACCAUCACCAAUGCUGUCAUAAUGGCAGUCAUUGCCAGACAACUGGCAACACCGGCAUAACUACUGCACAGUCAAGCAAUCGGUUCGGGCGUUCACACGAAGAGCCAGCGCUCGGGUCGGGCAACAUAUUUGGCUUAACUAAUGAUGCCUUUAGGCCGACAGAUACGCGGCACACCCUAAAUGCGAACAACCAUAAUAAAAGUCAAAACCAUAAUAACAAUUCAUGUAAUAAUAAUAAUGCGUCCAACGAUUCAUUGCUCACACCAUCGACACAACAGUCCUCUUCACGUAUGGUCAGGAGUUCAUCCAUUGAUACCAUUCAUGCCUUAAUCAGCGAUCCUAUAGAAUCGGUACGUCGUCUCCAUUUACGGCAGCAUACGUUGACACCGCCGGUACCGGCGCCCCGAAAAUCCAUACGAUUGACUAAUCAAACCAUUGCCAAACUCUAUGCCAAUCAGGACGUAGUUCAGAGGACACAUUCACUGGACGACAGUCACAAAUGCGGGUGCAAUUGCAAGGACUGGUUGGUACAGUUUGAUGACAACCUAUUGAUGAGCAGUGACGAUGACUUGUAUGGUAUUGUCAAACAGCUACCACUGCAUCAUCAACAACAACAACAUCAUAUUGGUAACGUCAUUAUAGACGACUGUGCAAAUAAUAAUAAUAAUAAUAAUAGACAUCAAUCUCUCGAUUUAUUAACUGGUAAUGAAAGAAAAUCUUCAGUUAUAUCCGCCGCACCUAAAGAUCAAUCGCAGCAAUUGAGCCAACCGUCCACUACUACUACCAGCGCUGCCGAAGAUUUGGCGCAAAUAUUUACUAAUCAAUCAAUUAGUUGUGAUUUAUUUGAUUCAAAUGCCGGCGCAAAGUGUCUGUCAUUAGUCACUGGAAAUGUGCCACAAAUCAGCACCAAUACAACUACUACUACUAAUAUUACUGCUCAAUCUAACAGUGCUAGUGAUGGCACAGGAGAUAGUAUUAGUAGUAGUAGUAGUAAAAGUAAUACCAUCACCACUGAUGGUGUAAUCAAUGAUAAAAGUAUUGCUAUUAUUAAUAAUAAGUUCAAUAAUAAUAAUAAUGUCUGUAAUAACUUAGCCAACGAUAGCCAACAACAACAACAGCAGCGCAACAACAAUACAGUUAAUAGUCAGUCAAAUAGCGAUUCACGUAAUGACUCUAACGAUGAUGCGAUCAUCACUGGCUCAUCACUAACAGUAAAUGCCGGCACCGGUAGUAGUAGUACUGCCAACACCACUACUUCUACUACUACUAGUACAGCCACCAACAACAGUACAUCAGCUACCGUUCCUCCAAUUAUCGAUCUACUUAAAGAGUUUGAUGUGUGCUUUAAUAAUAAUAAUAUCAAUAAUAAUGGCACCACUAAUGGCCAAAAUGAUGACUUAAUACAUGAGGUAAAUACUAGCAGUUCACACCAUUACCAACAACAACAAAUGAGCAUGGUUAAUAGUAUGGUAAAUGGUCUGGAUUAUAAAACAACAACUGGUAUUAAUAAUAAUAAUAAUAAAUCUGAAAACGGAUCGGUCUAUGAAUACGAUGCCAUCAAAUUGGAAAAAGAGUGUAUCGACCAAAAGGCGUCCAUCGGUGUGGCCGAUCUCGACAACACAGAUAACAGUGCCCGAGUCGAGCUCAAGGAGUAUGACUUAAUUUGUUUGGACGAGGAGCCCGAGGAGGUGCACAAAUCAUUGUCCAAAUACAGACGCGGACCCCUUUGUUUUGAUGCUAAGUGUAUAACAUUGAAACGGCGCAUUGGUAACGGCUAUUUCGGUGACGUCUACUUGGCUACCAUACCGUCCACUUCCAGUUCAGCUAUUAUUCAAUUGGCCGUAAAGAUGCUCAAAGCGCACGCAUCCAUACGUCAAAAGGCCGAAAUCCUGCGCGAGGCUCAAGUGAUGUCCAAACUGGACCACAAACAUAUUGUACGGCUAAUCGGCGUCUGUUCGGGCGAACCAUUCAUGUUGGUCAUGGAGUUGGCACCGUUGGGUCCACUAAAUCGUUAUCUGUGCGAAUCGGGUGAUCACAUGACUGACGAUGGUCUUCUAAAGCUGAUGUUACAGGUGGCACAGGCUAUGCGUUAUUUGGAGGACAAAUGUUUUGUGCACCGGGAUCUGGCCGCCCGAAAUGUAUUGCUAGUGACCGAACGGUUUGCCAAAGUCAGCGACUUCGGUAUGUCACGGGCACUGUCCAUCGGUAAGGACUACUAUAAGGCUCGAAGUGCAUCAAAAUGGCCGCUCAAAUGGUACGCACCCGAGUGUAUCUACUAUUACAAGUUUAGCUCAAAGUCCGACGUCUGGAGCUAUGGCGUAACCCUUUGGGAAGUCAUGUCAAGGGGUGAUAUGCCAUAUCAGGGUAUGGACGGACAGGACAUACUGAGAAUGUUUAAAGAAAAUAGACGACUGUCCAAACCAGACAAAUGUCCAGUUAUUAUCUAUCAGCUAAUGUGGAACUGUUGGCAUUUUAGACCUGAGGAUCGUUUAAAUUUUAGCCAAAUUUGCGACCAAUUAACCAGAUAUUUGGCUAAUCGACAAAAACAACAACAACAAUAA